GGCCCUCCGUAGAUCACAUGCCCAGAGAAUCCCGCCGCGCAUCUUUCGCCAGUUGGUCUCUUUCCUUCUUUCUCCCUUCCUUUCUUGCACACGCUCUUUAUCAAUUCUGUCAUCCGUGAUCUCUCGCUCCUUCUUGUCCGUUCGCUGCCUGGACGGCUUCGACCGGUGCUUCACCAUGGCUCCCUCUGUUCCCUCGGCCAAAUUGACCCUAUCCUGUCCCCUCUUCGCUGCUGACUUCGACCCGCGCAACCCCGGCUUCCUUCUGGUUGCGGGCGGAGGAGGUGAGAGUCGUACGGGAGUGGGAAACAAAAUCACCCUGUUAAACACUUCCAAACGUCGUGAGAUCUCGGAGAUGGUCGACAUCGAGCUGUCGCGCGAGGAGGACUCCGUGACCUCGCUUGCCGCUGCACGUGCGAGCGAUGACUCCAUCAUUGCUUUGGCCGGAAUCAACAGUUCCAUGGCGGAGCAGAAACGGGACAACAAUCAGCACCUGAGGUCGUUCCAGAUCGAUUAUCCCCCGCGACGACAAUCAACCUCGGCCGGCGCAAACGAAAAGGAGACCAAAUCGAAAACCCCUUCCUCGUCCUCGGGCAAGACUACGGCAUUGUCUCGCGUGUCUCUUUUCAGAACCAAAGCUGGUAGCACGGGUACCUACCAACGAAUAACCCGCCUGUCGCCCUGGCAAGGUGCUGAAUCCCCGCGCGUUGGUGCCAUUGCCACCGGACUGGCUCCAUCGGGCGAGAUUGUCUUCUUUGAUGCCACUACCGCAACCCCGGGCGCUUCUGAUGUCAUUGGGAGAAUCCGCCUGGGUACUGACGAGGAGGCCGAGGAUGUGGAUAUUACGGGGCUAGAGGCCGAGGGGAAGUUUCGAGUCGCUUAUACCAACGGCGUCGAUGUGUUUACCUGUCAGAUCUCGUCGGACAAGAGGUCCAACGGCUCGCCAGAUGUGAGCUGCGUAUACACCACCCCAGUACCAGAAAAAGGCCCGAGAACCAGGCCUAAGUUCCGCGCGCUGCGCUUCAUCUCGCCGACGACGCUGCUGUUGCUUCAAAAUGCGCCAGACCGCCGCGGUUGCGAGCUCAUCCUGCUUGAUCUGCACCAAAUUGCAUCGAAAAAACCUUCCGCAUCGAUCGUUCGCCGCAAGAAGCUUCGCAAAGCGAUGAAGAUCGGGCUUGGUCUAGACGUUUGCUUGCUGAGUCCGAAUGCCGAUACGCAGCAGCAAAUAGCCAUCGCUGUUGCCGGAAGCGACCAGUCGAUCGAGGUAUUGACGUUCGAGUCGAAUCGUCUACAAGGCACCCACGGCAAAUUCCGUUCGUACACCAGCCUCCACGAGGUGCAUCCCUUUUCACUCACCAAGGUCUGCUUCUCGCCGUUCACCCCUCCUCCGCAGCCCGUCAGCCCGGAGACGCCUCCCCAGUACAUCAAGCUCGCUUCCCUCAGCUUGGGCAACACUGUCGUCGUGCACACUCUACCGUUGGCACCAUCGCCACCUUCCAGUCGCAGCCCGCGGUACGUUCUCGUGCCGCCGCAUGACUUGGAUGUCUGGACCAGUCUCUCCAGCAGUCUCGCCGCCAUCUUUUCCAUCCUGGCUGUCUGCUUCCUUCUCCAGGCUUUUACGGAAAUCCGUGGUGUCAUGCCCCCUUACCUGGGCGCCACUGAAUGGCUUCCUCCCAACAUUCGCGACUCGGUUGCCCGGCCGUACUACGCUCCGCCACCACACCCACUCCAGCAAUCAUCUCUCACCUCGUCAGCCAUUCCUACCAUCGUGACCGAUUCCCCAGUGUUAUCACUCCGUGACCUGGUUCGCGAUUACUCUCCUAUAGUCACCGACGGUGACAGUCAGAGUCAGACCGUUCGCGUCUCCUGGGAUGCCGAGCGCAACGAGCCUCUAGUUGCCUCGGUCUCAACAUCCGAACAGACUGACAACCUUCUUCGUUGGGAUGGUCUCAGCGAGGAAGCUCGAGCCCUCUGGACACAACGUCUGACUGAAUCCGGACAGUGGUCCUCCGACGAUGAUGACGCUGUGACACUUCUUCAGAGCGUUCUGUUUGAUCGAACGGAAAGCCCAAGCUCAAGCCCACGAUCUGAACUCUGAACGCCUCUUCUUUUUCACCCUGUAUUUCCCCCCAACUCGUCAUGUUGAACUAUGUUUUUCUUUUUAUCAUAAUUUCUUGCCCUUUCUACGUUGGACUUUUUGGCUGAAACAUUGAAGAAUCGAUGACUUACGGAUGUAUGCGUAUGCAUCGGUCGUAUCACUCACCUAUGGCCAGGAACAAAGAGGAGAAAUAGAUGCAUGAGUGUCAAAAUCACGAAUUAUCUACGAAUUGUACGUUAUACUUGAAA